GUCAAAUCUAGAAAAGCACACAGCAUCCCAUCAUUCAGAAGGACGUAUUUUUAGUCCGUACAAACAGCUGAUCAGCCAGACAGCAGCUUCAUCAGUACAAUACACCAGUAACAAGGCAGAGAAGUAUGGAGAACGACAGAAAGAUGAUGAUGCUCUGUCUGCUUUUGGCAGCUAUUAGCAGCCCUGUGUUUACUGGAGAGUGGAAGGCCUCUGUUGCCAAAAACCUUGAUGCCCUUGUUACAUCCUGUGCCGUGAUACCCUGUUCAUUUACCCAUGCUCAAGAUGAGCUGCCCCACUCCAGACUCAGGGGGAUCUGGCAUCGUUCAACAAACCGAGAACAACGCAUCUAUCAUGAUGAUCAGACGACGAUCUUGGAAACCUUUCGCGGCCGCACAAAGUUGUUGGGAAAUUUGGGCCAGGGCAACUGCACAUUGGAAAUAAAGGAAAUUAAAGAUCAUGACAAUGGCCCUUACUGUUUUCGGGUUGAAUUGGUAACAACAGGGACUGAAACAUCCAAAAUUGACAAGUUCUCCUUUGUUGAGGAUUGUGUCAACUUUAAAAUGAUCACUGAACCUCCAAAACCAACUCUGAUUCCACCAAAGACAGCCAUUCAAGGUCAUCCCUACACCAUCACCUGUUUAGUCCGCCAUACCUGCCCCUCCCAUAUACCUCAACUCACAUGGAGUAGAGGCACUGCAGAGGAGAUCCUUGAGGUUCACAGAGAAAUUCAUCAAGGUACCUGGGAGGCUCAGUCCACUCUGACUUUCAUCCCUGAGGAGAAGGAUGACCACACAGGCAUCACCUGCACUGCUGGAUUUUUUGGAGGGGGGAAAUCCACUGAAAAACUUACGCUUUAUGUAAAACGUACAGAAAACUAUAACCACAUCAUCAUUCCAGCAGUAGUGGGGAUAGGCACUGCUAUGAUCGUUGGAGGCCUCUGUAUUUUCAUGGUGAAAAAAUACAAGAAUCGCAUCGCAGAGCUCCAAAGUCAGGAUGGCACCAUGUGGAACCGGCUUUCCAGGAUGUCUCGCAGGUUUCGUUCUGAUGGCCCCAAACCAUCUCAUACUGAUCGAAGAAGAUCUAUUUGGAGCAGAUUUUCGAGAAGGCCUAAAGCAGACAGGCAGGAUUUCGUUCAUAUGCCCAAUAAUGCAUGUUCAAAAUCCAGCGCUGACCAGAAAGUGUCCAAGCCUCACUUCCCAUCCCCCAAGAGUCAACCAAAAUCCUACAAUUACAAAGAGGAACUUGAUGAUGGUGAUGAUUACAUAAACACUGCUGACCUCAACGUCUAUGGAAACCUCUGAAAAAAAGACAACUUUCCAAAGAGGGAGGAUUUGUACCCACAGCAGCUAAUCAACUUAAUCAUGCUCGCAAUGAUCAUUUAGUGCAUUUAGUGUUUACACUUUUGUUGUCUUUCCAUUAAGAAAAAUGAUCUAAUUCUGCCACUGUAACCUAAUCUUUAAAUUAGGGCUGUCAAAGUUAACGCAAAUUCAUUUUAAUUGCGUUAUUUUUUUUAAAUGCGCGAUUAAUGCACACACGUUGUGUUUGACCAUUGUCCUGAUCUGUAGUUUGGAAAUAAGUAAGCGAUACAGCAGUAACGUUUAGGAUAACAAGCAGAAAUGGAUAAAGAUUAGGUUCUUAUGAACAGCAAUCAGCUCCAAAGCCCUGCCAGAUGUUCUAUCCACAGGACCAAAGUUAUUUGCAUUAAGUAGUACUUCGAGUUUCAUAUACCAGUCGCUGACCAAGCAGCUGAUACAGAGAGACCUCCUUCUGCUCAACAAAGGCAGACCACUAGUGUGUGUGUAAGUGUGUGUGUGUGUGUGUGUGUGUGUGUGCGCGGAGCCCUGCCAACAAGUAUGCACUUUGCGAACUAGGCACGCACUUCGACAUCAGAGUACGCCGGUACGAUUUGUUACUUUAAAAGUAUGUUAAAAGGUCGACAAUGCCCUGUGAGUUUCGCGGGUUGCCCUGUAAGCAAGUGUAUGCCAAUGGGUUUCUAGCCUAUCGAAAAGCAAAAGAAGAAGAGUUCGUCAAAUCAUAGCAUCAUAUUCGUCCCCCUUGCUUUCACCUGCCCAGGUCUAUAAUUUUAGUGAGCACCAUUCAGCAGCCCAAUUAAAAAAAAGUGAAUCCAUGUACUUCAAAAGUUUCUGUAAAGUUAGGAGAGAUGGCCAUGCCUCCGUGUAACCAGACUUCCCCACCAUGCGUUCUGUACAGUGUGCAAUACUGACAUUGACAUCAGUUAUCAAGGAGCAUCAGAUAAUGAACACGGAAUGUUCUAUGCAUGAAAUCCGUAAAGGUCAUGAUUGAAAUGACAUUGAAGUGACAUCCACGACAGCCUAGCAUCACCGCCACACACGUGCACCCACAACUGUUACAUUAUCCUUAAUUUACUAUGGUGUUAUUUUUGUGCCACUGGGAACCCCCACAAGCACAGACUUUAUAUUUUAAACAGAAAAUAUUAAUCCGAGCAAACAAAAAUGUGUCUUGUCUGUCUCAGCUCUGUCUGUACUCUUGCUUACUCAAAUAAGUCUGACUGCACACUCACUAAUGCCCCAUAGAGAAAAGUUGUUGAAUGAUGAAAGCACCCGCUGAAAUUUCAUACAUCGUUGAAUAGUUUAACUGAAUCAGAGACAGUGCAUAAGGCUCUCUUCGGGUACAGCUGCAGAGUGAGGCCUUGAAAUCCACCGGACCCGGCCCCGGCGUUAUGUCCCAACUGGUUUCCAAUUUAACUGUUUUCCUUACCGAACAGCUCCAGCUGUGUUGCGCUUCCGUCAGCAGAUUCCUCACAAAUUCACAAAUAAACACAGCAUAUUACUGGAGAUUUUUAAGUCGCAGUUAUAUACUGUAGUGCUCACUUUCAGAAAAAUAUUCGCUGCAGUAGAUGUGAACUGCGACUUGAAAAUCGCAUUCAUUGGAUGAGCCUGCUCCAUUCCACAUUUUAAGAACAAACAAAGAAAAUAAUAUAUUACAAUUAUAUUUUUUAAAUAUACAACCAUGGAAGUUGUAGAAUACUGAAAUAGGAGUUGAUUUAAGUUGCAAAAUUGGAAGUGAUAAGAAAGAACCGGACCACAAGAAUGACCAUGAUUGAGAAAUGCACAGCAGGAAAGCAGUAUAAAUACAUCAUGGAUUACAUUGAAUAGACAUAUAAGUUGUGUAGUUUUCUCAGUAUCUUGCGGCAUCAGUGUCACCCGCGUACAUUGCAUGACUGAAUAUUGACCGGCUCAUGACAGUAGAGGGAGGGCCGCACACUCGCUUGCAACGACUGGUCUGCGGAGUAUUCAUGACUUCACCGGUCUACCGGGAAUUGUCCCGUCUCUCCCGAUGACCACCCCGCCUUUAGUUCGGGGUAUGAACAGGGCACGCCCUCUCUCGCUCUGCACAGCAGCAUAUUGGGCUUGCAAUUAAAUCUGUGAUAUUUAGUGAGAAACAUGACAAAUGGCUAGUUAAAAAAAACGUAUAUGGGGGCAUGUUUUAUGUGUUGUGAAUUAAAAAGGGUACAAUUAGCCAAAACAAAAAUGGCAGGAUCUAAAUUCAUGUAGGCCAGAACAAAGAUAACAUCCCAGAGGAAAAUGUCACUGCUGUGCUUACAACAGUCUUUGUCUUGCAGAUAUAAAGUAGCUCUCAUUUAGGGAUUAUAUAAUUCAGAUCUAAAUGGAGCAAGAGAAUUGCAUUUUGAGAUCUUCAGUUGAAUUCUGUGUGUGUGUGUGUGUGUGUGUGUGUGUGUGUGUGUGUGUGUGUGUGUGUGUGUGUGUGUGUGUGUGUGUGUGUGUGUGUGUGUGAGAGAGAGAGAGAGAGAGAGAGAGAGAGAGAGAGAGAGAGAGAGAGAGAGAGAGGUGAAUGACUGUAGCUAGACCCCAACUGAUAUGAUGACAGUAGAUUUUUCCAGCAUGCAGUAUUUAAUUGUGCUGGAUUGUUUCAAUAAUAAUACACAUACAUUUGCAUAAUGCCAGCAUAUGUAUCCACUCCCAUGUUAAUAUGAAUAUUAGAAACGUGAAAAAUAUCCCUUUUAAAGUACAUUUCGAAAAAAAUUUAAAUUGUGCGAUUACUAUUAUAACUAAUACUGUAUUUUUAUUUGUAUAAUUCGGAAAAUGGUAACAUCCAGUCACAACACUACUCAGGCUAAAUUAACAAAUGGCGUCUGAAUCAUCUAUACAGUAUUAUAGUUAACUCAUGACAAUCAAGCGAUUAAUUGUGAUUAAAUAUUUUAAUCGAUUGACAGCCCUAGUUUAGAUAUACAGAAGGUUUUCAAAUAU